UCCAAAUGGCCGAUUUCCAAAAUUUAAGACUACAACUUCAAUCAUCAUAACUUCGUGAAUUAUUGUAAAAUAUAUUUUUGACAUUUAAAAUUCUAUUUAAAAUAUUAUAUGUAAAAUUUUUAGAAAUAAUAGAAAUAAAUUCUAAACAUACCAUAUUUACAAAAGAAAAAUAGGGAAAAAUUUACAUAAAUACAAACAUACUUAUAAGUACAUCAGAAGAAUAAGAUCUGCAGUAGUUUUUUUUUUCGUUUUUAACUAUGAUGGUAGAUAAAGCUGUUUCUACAAACGAUAAUAAUUUUAAUGAAUUUAGUAGGGCAUACAAAUACGAUGCUGUUAUUUCAACUUUAAUUGAAAAUAAAAUUUUGUCGAUAAAAAAAGAAUGUAAAGAGAAUUCUUCAUCAAAACGCAAAAGAAGAAAAUCAUUGCGUAAAAUAUCUUUUUCAAGAAAGUUUUUUGUUAGUUGUCGAUCUAAGAGAUCAUCAUUAGGUAGUGGUAUUAGUAAUAUUAAUGAUGGUAACACAAUUAAUGGUAGAUCAAUAGUCACAUCACAUAAUCUUGAUGACGACAUAGUUGAUAAACAUCAGAAGAAAACUGAUUUAAAUGUUUUUGAUGAUGGUACUGUAAAUGGCACACCUGUAAGUCCAACAAUUUCCAAAAUCGAUGUGAUUGAUUUAACCAGUAAAAAUAUAGAUUAUGAUCAUCGCAAUGAUACUGUACUAGUAGGUAAAGCUUUUCUAAAAAGUAGAAGCAGUAGUCAUGAUGAAACUGAUUAUAAUACAUUGUCACAAAAUGAACAAUCAACAUCCAAAAUAUUAUUAUUAAAAGAUGCAUCAACCUCUUCCUCAGCUGCAUUUCAGUGUCAAGAAAAUAAUCAACAAAGUCACCCUCAAAUUCGUCAACAACAAGGUCGUCACAAUCAAUUAUCUUUAUCAUCUUCAACAUCAUCAUCUGUAUCAACUCAUGGACGUUAUGAUGGUAAUAUUCUGAUUCGAGUUAUUGAUAAAAAAAAAUUAAAACAUGGUAUUGGAGAUGAUGGCAGUGGUAGUGACAUUGGUGAUAUUAGUUCAAAUGAAAGUAUAGAUAUUUCAGGUGCAAUUGUUUCGUCAACUAGUAGUAAAAAUUUUAAAGAAAAAGAUAAAAAUAAAUAUUAUUUAAAUGCAACAAAAAAACGUCUAAUAUCCGAAGGCCUAGUAGCUUCAAUUAAGCAUAGUUUUCAUAGUUUAGCACUAUAUAAUCAAUACAAUAAUAAAUCGCUUACAGAUGUUGAAAAUAAUUUUUUAUAUGAAGCUAAAUCAAUAAGUGCCCCGACAAGUCCAACAAUACUAUUUUCACAAAAUACUAGUAAACCGCAAACUACAAUCAUAAGUAGUGAAAAUGUUAAAAGCCAAGUGUCUUACAUACGUAACAGCAUCCGUUGUCCUAAUAGUUAUAAUAAUAACAAUAUAGCGCAAACUAAUACAAAUAUUAAUCCAAAAAUUAAUAGAAAAAUAUUAAAAAGUUCGCUUAGUGAGAUAUUUUCAAGACAAAAUACAUCUGAAGAUAGUGCCAAUAUAACAAUUAGUACAGUUCUUAAUGAAAGUGAAAUAGGAAAUACAAUAGAAACUAUAGGAACAGCAGCAACUAGUAAUAUUAAUAAUAUUAUUAAAGAUAAACCAUUUCAUCGAAUUGAUAAUGUUACUGCAAAUACUGUACCUAUAAAUAAUAUGGAUUUCAAUUCUAUUGUUACGGAUUCAAAUGAAGAACCAAAAAGUUCAAAUCAAAAUGUAGAAAACCGAUUAGAUAGUGUUAUUCCCGUAACAGUAAAUGAUGCAAAAUUUCAAAAAUUUAAUAUUAAUAAUUCGUUAAUGCAACAAAACGAAAAUAGAAAACAAUCUAAUUUAAAUAGUGAAACUGUGAUCAUUGAUAAAAAAUCAUCAAAUGAAAAAAUGCCUGUUAAAGGUAUACCUAAAGUUUCGGGUAUAGCAGCAACAUCGUUAAGCGAUACUUAUGUUGAUAAUGUCAGAUUGGAGAAUGAUAAAUUUAUGGCAUCAUCAAUCGGAAAAACAACAACAGCAGCAAUUAUUGAAAAAUUCAAAAAAUCUGAUGAAUUAUUUCAAAAUUUAUUAGAAAAUCAAAAUGUUUCAAAUGUUAGCUCAAUAUUACCAUCAUCAAUGACUGGUUCAAAUUUUUUGUCAAUUAAUGGUAGUUAUACAAGUCAAACGAUAAAAACUCAAUCAACAACAACAGGAAUAAAGCUUUUCGAUAGAAAUGCUUUCUUGCCAUCUAGAAUGAUGAAUGGAAGAUAUUUACAUACUGGUAGCGAUGACGAAUACCGGCGGAAUAAAAGAAAAUAUAAAAGAUAUCACCGUUGUUCAGAUCCGGUUUUGGUUUAUCCAUCAACAAGUGGUUUGCAGCAUUGUAUUUUAAGCAUGCCCCCGAAUCAAAUUCAUCAAAUCAAUUGCAAUGAAGAUUUGGUAUACGAUUUAACGUAUCAAGCGGACCAAAAUGCAAAUGAUGAUAAAGCAUCUAUAAUGCCUGAACCCAUUAAGAAAUCAAGACAUCAUAAACAUAAGAAAAAGCAUCGCCAUAGACAGAAACCAAAAAUUCUUGUUCAUGAUUUAGAUACACAAAGUGUGAAGGUAAUUGAUCCAGAUGAUCUUCCACAACGGGCUAGAUGGACAAUAAUAGCAACUGCAUGUUUACUUUUAUUAAUGUGUUUAAUGUUAGUUGGUAUAACGCUUAGGAUGGCUCCUAUAAUUGAUGAUAUAGUGCGACAGGAAAAUGAAAGACUCAUGCAAGAAUCUUUGAAUAGAGCAAGGCUAGCAAAAAAUUAUACAGAGUCAGAUUUCUAACAAAGGUUUUUUGAUCAUCAUCGAGAAUUCUUAACAAUUAAGUAUUUAAGCAUUUGGGAUUUUCCAAAUUUAAUAAUACCUAUUAACAUUUAUAGCAGCAUUAUAAUUCUGAUUUACAAAAAAGUAACAAUAAGUGAUGCAAUUUUGUUAUAACAAGGAUUAGUUUUCUAUUUAAAAAAAAAAUAUUUGCAUAUUUAUUCUAAAGUUAGAGUAUAAAUAAUAAUUUAAAUUCUUACCAUUAUUAUUACUAGGAGAAAAAUAAAAUAUUCAAUUAAACCGAUACCAAUGAGGAGGAUAAAGGAAUUAAAUGUAAAAUGAAAAUUGAAAGAAGGGAAAAUUAAUUUUUGAUUUAAUUUAUUAAAAUUUUUAUCUAGUAAAAUUUUUAUUUUAGACAAAAAACCAAUACAUUUGUGUCAUAAUUAAAAAAAUUUAUCGACAAUUUCUUCAAAUUCCGUAAACUAUACUUCCAAUACGAUUUAUUUGUGCAAUAUGUCAAAAUAAAAUGCAAUGAAAAAAAUUAAGGUCUAAAAAAGAUUAAAGAUUUAAAUUGAUUUAAGCCAAAGUAUUUAUUAGACAGGAUUUAGAUACUAAACAUUGUUCAAUCAGAAUUGGAUUGCGUUCUCCUUAUUCUCAGACAUGAAAAGUUUAUAACUAUAUAUAUAGAUUUUUCAAAUACCAUAAAAAAAAAUAACAAAGCGGUUAUAUAGGAAGUUUGUCGUAUUAUGUCGAGAUUAUAAAAAUAUGAAUGGAGCUUAGGUUGUGAUUAUAAAUCCAAUGCUCUGAAAACAAUUUUUCACUAGGUUUCGCCUUUAGAAAGAACUUAGAAUAUAAUAUGAGCAAGGUAUUAUUUUUUUGGUCAUGUUUACUUAAUAAUUUGAAAAGAAUUUUUCAUGCAUCUAAUCGAAGUUUUAACAACUCAUGAGAGUUAUGAGUCCGCGGAAUGAAAAACAAAUUUAUUUUUUUGUAUUUCACUAUACUAAAAAUAAAAAAGAUGCCAGAAACAAGGCAAAAAAGUUGUAUUAAAUUUUUAAACUUUAUGACAGCGACAAAAAUUGUUAAAAUUUAUAAUUGUUUUGUACCUAUACAUACAUAGAUUUUUCGUUUGUUAUUCAAAUGUAGAAUUUUAUAUGUGUGAUAAAAAAGUUUUAAUUUAAUAAAAAUUUCAAUGGUUGUGAUUUUUAAUUUUCUUAUAAUAAAUAAAAAAAACAUCAUUCGACAUGGCUUGUACCAUAAAUUUUCAUUUGCUAUGAAAAUUUGUGCGAUUAAAGCAUCUUACAACACUCAUUGACAUUUCAAUACAUUUGGAAUUGCCUACGUCAUCUUAAAUUUCAUUGUAUAUGGGAAAUUCACAAUUGUAUUCAACUUUAAUUUGUUGGGAAAAAUUUCCGAAUGUUUGAACAGAUUUUUGAAAAUUUAAUUAAGAUUUUAAAACUUUGUUUUGUGGGUAGCUAGCUAUGUUUAAUAUUUUAAAUUAAAAUCCAAAAUAAACGCAAAAAAAGAGAAAUUAAGAGAAAUAAUAACCAAAAUUAAAAAAAAUCACAAAAAUUAUUUUUAGAAAAUUCUAAAUCUAAUCAUACAAAAAAAUUAAUUUUUCUUUUUCUUAAUAAGGUCAGAGGUACGGCCCAUCUGCUUAUAAAAUUUAAAUUAAUCCAUCAAAAAGUUAAUUUUCCAUUCUUAUACGUCCUUUAAGAGAAACUACAUUAAGGUGAUCCUGUAAUACUUGUAUAACAUUAUUAUCAAAAAGGUUUUUAAUGGAUUACGGUAAAAAAAUUUUAAAAUUAUUUGAUUUUAAUACACAAACAUACAAGCAUUCAUAUUAAUAUACAUGUGUAUGUAUAUACGCAUGUAACCAUAUGUUAACAUACCUGCAUAAUGUACAUUAAAUAUUUGAGUGCAAAAUUCAUUCAAUUUACUCUUAUAUAAAGAGAAAAUACACAUUUACGAUAUAUAUACAGCGAUGUGCUUUAUAUUUAAGAUAGGCAACAAAAGCAUAGUGAUGAAUAAACAUUAAAAGAAAUAAAUUUCAUGCCAGCCAUAAUAAAAAUAUAGCUCAAAUUCAUCAAAUAUGUAUGUAUGAAUGUAUGGAAGAAUUUAAUUUUGAUUAUAUCCAAUUAUUACAGCUCGGUUAUUUUAAAAUUUUAUUAGUUGGAUACAAUUCUGUGAAUGGUAGAACUAGGCAGUAUAUUUUAUACUUCCAGUGACGAAAGAAAUGACAAACAUUUUGUUAAAUUUUUACAUAUUUAAUUACUAAUAAGCCAUCGUAGUGAUUUAUUAAUCUAGGUUAUAAUAUCAAGAUUGAAUUGAAGCCCAUUAUUUAACCCAUUUUGACGUUGCAUCGAAAGUUUAUACUGCGCGCUUUUAGUCGCUUUUUAUACGAAUAUUUUAAACGUUAUCUCGUUGAAAUAUAUACUUAUAUUUCGAAAUGUGAUGUUUUUCAAAUUUAAAAAUUUAAUUUUAGAACAAAUUUAUUAAGGUCGUAUAAUUUUUUUAAAAAAUAAUAUUUCAGUGAGUCGCCACUGUCUAUUUUCACGUAUACCGACUGAAAAUAUCGAAUUUUUUAUUAUAAAAAAAACGUAUUUAAAAAUUUAUAUGGAAGACUAUAAAGAUGGCUCUCUCUACCUUGCAUAUUACAUUUUAUUAAUAUUAUUAAUAAGAUUCACUUAAUUUUUAGUAGGUUCAAACAGUUCAAAUUAGUUUUUCGUACGAAAUUUUUUUGACAGUAUAAUUCUUUCGUUCAUUUUAAAUUAAUUUUAAGAUUUAAAGAAAAAUCAAAAAUUGAAAUUAAGAAAUUAAAAAAAAAAAUUAUUGUUUUUCUUAAUGGUAUAGUCAGUAAAUGAAGGUUUUAACAAUUUUUGUCGAAUUUCAUUUGUAUUUUAUUUUAAUAAUGCAAAAUUUUUCGUUAAGAGGGAAUGGAAAUCUUGAAAUUUUAAGAAGGAGAUAGGAAAAGUUUAACAAUAUUUGUCUUUAUUUUACGAAAAAUUGUUAUUAAAAUUUUUGAAAAAAGUUUAAAUAUACACAUGAAAUUUAAAAGAAAGAUUCAUUUCUAUUUUUAUAUUAAUAAAAAAAAAUAUUCUUAUAUAUGCCUAAAUAAACAGUAAAAUAUGAAGAUAAAAUGGCGUCAAUUGCUUCACAAUUAACAAAUUUAAAAAAUACUUUA